AGGAACAGAGCAGCAGAAAUCUGUUUCACUGCUAAACAAAAAACUGCAUCAGACAGAGAGUCAGAGGGCAGGUGAUGCACAGAGAAUGUGUCCUGUGUUGCUAUUGGUGGCUGUAAUAGUAGUGGGCGUGGCCAGAGGAGCUGAAAGUCAAUGCUGGGACCAUCCCGUCUGUCAGGAGGUCAACUCAGAGAGGAGCAUGAUGGAGUGUAUUCAGCUUUGCCACUAUGAAAACAACGAGAAGCCCAUCAUCCCUGGUGAUGCCCACCUGCAGCCUCCUCCCCCAUCGGGCCCUCUUUCUCUUUUACCUUUCCCUCCGCCCUUCUUCUCCUCUCCUCAGGCCAAACGCUCCUACUCCAUGGAGCAUUUCCGCUGGGGGAAGCCUGUUGGGCGAAAACGCCGCCCGAUUAAAAUCUAUACCACCAACGGUCUGGAGGAGGAGUCGGCGGAGCUUUUCCCCGGUGAGAUGAAAAAGCGGGAGCUCGCUGGUGAGAUGAUGACGAUGGACGAUAACGAGGGGAAGUUAGCAGAGGGGGGCCAGGAGGAGGUGCCAGAUGACAGCCAUGAGAAAAAAGAUGAAAUGUACAAGAUGAAGCACUUUCGCUGGGGCGGCCUGCCGGCAAGCAAGCGUUACGGCGGGUUCAUGAAGAGCUGGGACGAGCGCAGCCAGAGGCCGCUGAUCACGCUCUUCAAAAACGUCAUCAACAAAGAAGCCCAGGAGGAGAAGAGGGAGCAGUGAGGAGGGAGAAAAGAGGGAGGGAUGGAGAGAAGACGAGCAGACAGAAAAGUUUUAUUCACAACUGCAAACAAGUCCUGUGACUAAAUACAAGAUGUGUUUUUGUCAUUGCCACAUUAUGACAGGGUUAUUAAUCCACGAGCGCCGCAUGAUGUAAUACGUCCAUGAGCAGCAAAUAUGAAAUUAUUUGAAUACCCCAGUUUUCCAAGUUUUUGGAUAUUUUGAUUCAAAACACGGUAACCACCAAAUAUUAACAGAUCCAAUCAGCCUUUCUGCACAAAACAACGUUGGGGCUGCUUUCCAUUUGUUUUAGCUGAAUAACCAACGAGGAGAGAAAAGAACAAAGGGAAAGAGAGUGGUCUCAUGUCACUCAGGUUAAUAAUGCUGUCUUAUUCAGGGGUAAACAAGGAACAGUAUCUUUCCCAUCAUGUUUGUAAGUCCCUGCCUCCCAGACUGAUAUACUGGACCUAACACAGAGUUCUCGAUGCUUCAGAAGAGUCAGAACUGUCAUUGAGGUCAUUACACUGCUGUCAUUAUAAUCCCCCAGAACAAAAGUACAGAUUUAGUUUUAUUGUGACAGAUAAUGUCCAAUGGAAGCUAACAGCUCGCUCAGUGAGAUGCAAGUAAUAAAAAGGAUUAUUAUUAUUAUUAUUUUUUUUAUCUUUGUCAUCUUUGUGCCAGAAAUGAGAAAGAAACACAGAAAGAAGAUGAGCGAGAGAGAGUGGGUGAGAAGAAAUGUUUCAUAUAAUGCAAAAAACCCUGUAAAUCGCAUAAAAACAUAAAGAUAUUUGCAAGCAAAAAAUACAAUGCAUGUUGUUUUUC